AUGCCUGACACACUCAAGCUUGCGGAAUACUUGCUCACACGCCUCCACCAGCUCGGGGUGCGAUCGAUCCAUGGAGUCCCGGGCGACUUCAACUUGAAACUCCUGGACCAUGUCGAGCCCGCGGGAAUUCAUUGGGUCGGUAACGCCAACGAGCUCAAUGCGGGAUAUGCGGCGGAUGGCUACUCACGGAUCAAGGGUAUCGGAGCACUCGUAACGACGUUUGGAGUCGGCGAGCUUUCAGCCAUCAACGCCAUCGCCGGUGCAUACGCUGAGCGGGCACCAGUAGUACACAUAGUCGGGACUCCUCCAAGAUCAACACAGGAUGCUCGACUAAGGGUCCAUCACACCUUUGGCGAUGGCGAGUACACCCGCUUUGCCCAGAUGCACGCCCACGUUACCGUGGCACAGGCGAGUCUAUGGGACACUCAAUCGGCCCCAGAGCAGAUCGACACGGUGUUAACGCAAUGCGUUCUCCACAGCAGGCCCGUCUACAUUCAGGUGCCGUUGGACUUGGUUGACGCGCCCGUCGAUGCUGGCAGGUUAACGUGGAAGCCGCUAUCACUUGACAUGACCGCACCUGAAGCCACCACACCGUCUCAGGACCUGGCACUGUCAGUGGUGUUGCAGAAGAUCAAAACUGCCAAACAACCUAUGAUACUGGUAGAUGGCGAGACCCGGGCCCUUCGAAUCGUCGACGACGUGCAGAAUAUCGUCCAAACCACCAACUGGCCCACUUUUGUCACCAACUUCUCAAAAGGCCUUGUCGACGAGACGCCUUCCAACAUCCACGGGAUCUAUCGAGGCAGCUAUGAUCCGAAGGCCAAGGCAUUCGUGGACAGCUGUGAUCUCGUCCUCUGUUUCGGCCCUCACUUUACCACGACCAACUCGGCCCAGUCAUCCGCCAUCCCUCCUAAAGCAGCCACCAUCAGCUUCACAGACAACGAGAUACAGAUAGGCGAGCAGACCUACCGCGACAUCCCUGGCCAGUCUGCUGUGUCUCGCCUCCGGAAGGAGCUGAGUACCUUGGACCUGGAACCCCAUUCUGAUUACCACUCCGAAAACAACACCAUCUCCUUGGCCUCGCUCUCCAGCACUGAGACCAUCACGCAAGCCAAGAUGUGGCGCGCAAUCUCCGGCUUCCUCCGCCCAGGCGACAUCGUCAUGGGCGAAACCGGCACCGCAAGCUACGGCAUCCAGGAACUCCGGCUCGCAAGCCACUCGCGCGCCCUCGCCGCCGUGACCUGGCUCUCGAUCGGCUACAUGCUCCCCGCUGCCCAAGGCGCCGCGCUCGCGCAACGAGAACUCGUCGCCUCGGAGGGCUACAACGGCCUUUCCCAAGCCCGCACAAUCCUCUUCAUCGGCGACGGCAGCUUCCAAAUGACCGUGCAAGAACUCGGCACUAUCAUCCGCGAAGAUCUCGACGUGAUUGUCUUCCUGCUCAACAAUGACGGAUACACGAUCGAACGGGUCAUUCACGGCCUAUAUCAGAAAUACAACGACGUGGCUCGGUGGCGGUAUCUAGAAGCGCCAAGUUUCUUGGGUGCCGAUGCUGGCGUGUUCACGGCCCGUGUUAAGACUUGGGGAGAUUUGCAGAACGUGUUUGCGGCGGAAGAGUUCACGAACGGCAAGGGCCUGCGCAUGGUGGAGAUCAUGCUGGAUCGGGAGGAUGUGUUGGAGGGCCCGUUGAUGGAUUUACUACUAGUGGAGAAGAAGGCCGCAACUCAGGUUAACGGGAAGGCUUGA